GGAGGAGGAGCCGUGCGGGUGUCCAGCCAGUGCUAGGAGCCGCCUGCUUUCUGUUGAUAUCGGCAAAGCGUCUGUGCGCUCUUUAAAAGGCUCCUGGCGCCUGCAGACGUGCACAGCGCACCACUUGGCUGGGGACUGCGCGGCUGCAAACGCGUGUUUUCUGAGAUGUCGUGACAGAAGCACUUCUGUUUCUUGGAUGUUUACAAAGACGCUUUCCACCAGACUUCGGACCAGAUCCGUGCGCUGGGUGUAUACCGCGAAGGUGUUUUCUACUUUUUUUAAAGUGAAAAUUAAAAUUGCGGAGUUGCCUUGUUCGUUUUAUUUAUAUAUUUUUUUAACAACAACGAAGGAAUAUAUCGGCGGGACCACUUUGUGUGUGUGUUUUUUUUUCUCUCUCCCUCUCUCCUCUGUUUAUGUUUGUGACAACCAAUCUAAAAAUAAUUGUUGUUGUUGCGUCCUCGAAAAACACUGAGCGGACGUUUUGCUAGCAAAGACGGGGGUCGAGGCAGCCGAAGCGCUAAGGCUGCAUUAAGGCUCACCUUCUGGAUACUUAAUUCGCUCCAACUUCAUCUCCGCCGGCUGCUGCGCCGUUCUGUGCCAUGGUCUCGUGUAGAGGUCCCUUCCAGGUAUAAUUUUGUUUUUCGGCCGGGGCCAGAAAGGUCAUAACAGCCAUUCAAGAAGAAACUUCAACCAUGUCCCAGGCUGAGGUCGACCUGGCUGGCUGCGGUUUCCCAAAUCUUACUGCAGUUCUGGACGACGACUCGUGUCUGCCCAGCCGGGUGCCGCCGAGGCGACGGAGGCACUCGGGAAAUUCGAGAAGAAACUCGUACCGCUUCAAUAAGAAAAACGGGAUGGAGCUGGAGCCCCUACUUUUCGACGGCUCACUCUCCAAGCCCCUGUCUUGGUCCUCCGAGAACAUCUUAUCGGAGAGGACCGUGACGGAAGAAGUAAAAGCGGACUCGCCGCUGCCCGGUCCACCCUCACCUGCCACCGAGACCAGCGCGGCGCCCGGCGCGGACACCCCGAGCGCGGACGACGUCCCGGCGCCGUCCCGCACUCUGGACGCCAGCUCGGACUCGGAGGACGAGGGCGCCCAAAUCAAACAGCAGAAGGCGGCUCUGUCGCGGGCGGCCUCCGAGAGCAGGUGGGAGCAAGAGGAGAAAGAGGAGAUCGAGACCAAAGCGGUGGCCACCUCCCCCGACGGCAGGUACCUCAAAUUCAACAUUGAAAUCGGAAGGGGGUCUUUCAAGACGGUGUACAAGGGUCUGGAUACCGAGACGACGGUGGAGGUGGCGUGGUGCGAGCUGCAGACCCGGAAGCUGACCAAGGCGGAGCGGCAGCGCUUCAGCGAGGAGGUGGAGAUGCUGAAGGGCCUGCAACACCCCAACAUCGUGCGCUUCUACGACUCCUGGAAGUCCACUGUCAAGGGCCACAAGUGCAUCAUCCUGGUCACCGAGCUGAUGACCUCAGGCACCCUCAAAACCUAUCUGAAGAGGUUCAAGGAGAUGAAGCUGAAGUUGCUCCAGCGCUGGAGCCAACAGAUUCUCAAGGGGCUCCACUUCCUCCACACGCGCACGCCUCCCAUCAUCCACCGCGACCUCAAGUGCGACAACAUCUUCAUCACCGGCCCCACGGGCUCGGUCAAGAUCGGGGACCUGGGGCUGGCCACACUCAAGAGCGCAUCCUUCGCCAAGAGCGUCAUCGGGACUCCAGAAUUUAUGGCCCCAGAGAUGUACGAGGAGAAGUACGAUGAAGCUGUGGACGUCUAUGCCUUCGGGAUGUGCAUCCUGGAAAUGACCACCUCGGAGUACCCUUACUCCGAGUGCCAGAACGCUGCCCAGAUCUACCGCAAAGUCACUAGUGGAAUGAAGCCUGAUAGCUUUUUCAAAGUGAAAGUCCCCGAGCUGAAAGAGAUCAUUGAGGGCUGCAUUCGCAUGAAUAAAGAUGAAAGGUACACCAUCCAGGACCUGCUGGACCACACCUUCUUCCAGGAGAACAAUGGCGUGCACGUGGAGCUGGCCGAGGAGGACGACUACGUCAAGUCGGGCCUGAAGCUCUGGCUGCGCAUGGACGACACCAAGAAGCUGCACGGCAAAUACAAGGACAACAACGCUAUCGAGUUCCUGUUUGAGCUGUACAAGGACGUGCCGGAGGAGGUGGCGCAGGAGAUGGUGGUGCUCGGUUUUGUGUGUGAAGCCGACUACAAAAUAGUGGCCAAAGCCAUUCGGGACCGGGUGACGGCCAUCAAGAGACAGCGGGAGAAACAGCGGCGACUGGCCGAGGAACUGAAGAGGAGGAGGAAGCAGGAAGGAGGGGGGGAGGAAGAGGAAGGGGCGGAGCAAGAGCAGGUGCUCCUGAAGCUGAAUGGCCAGCCCUCAGAAAGCUCCGCCCUGGCGGGGGGAGGGGCUAUCCCGUGCACCCCGCCCCCUCUCACCCCCUCCAGCUCCCUCCCCUCCCCUGCCACCAGUUCGGCCGACUCUGGCAUCAACGCCAGCUGCCCCCCAGAGCCCGAGGAGCCAGAGGCCGACCAGCACCAGCACUACCACAUUCGCCACACCAGCUAUUCCUCUGCCACAUCCGACUGCGAGACGGACGGGUACCUCAGUUCCUCGGGCUUCCAGGACCCCCAGGAGAGGCCCGCACAGCCGCCCAGUCAGGUGUCCGUGGGCUGCUUCCCCACCGAAAUGUCCCCCGUCCCUGCCCUCCGAUUCCCCUCGAGCAUUGCUGUGUCUCAGGAUUUGGAGCGAGGUCAGUCCGGACCAAUAAGUGGCUUUUCCUCCCCAGUAGACAGCUACGCUUCUGAUGUGACGUCCGGCCUGAGCGACGGGUGCGAGGGCCUGCCGGGGUCGGAGAGGAACGCCAAGCCUCAGGCCAAGCGCACCGCUGCCAAGCUCUCCAGGAGGAGGACCCGGUCUCGACUGCGCAUCACCAGCCUCUCGGACAAAGUGGACAGGGUGGUGGAGUGCCAGCUGCAGACGCACAACAACAAGAUGGUGACUUUCAAGUUCGACCUGGACGGAGACAGCCCAGAGGACAUGGCGGCCGUCAUGGUGCACAACGAGUUCAUACUGCCCUCGGAGCAGGAGGGCUUCAUCCACCGCAUGCGUGACAUCAUCAAGCGGGCCGAGGCCCUGAUGCGGAAGGAGGCUCAGGGCCGCGCGGACGCGCAGGCGGGGCUGCGGCUGCCGUACCUCAGCGGGGCCGGGAGUCUGUCCGCAUCGCAGCCCAACCUGCACUCAUACGGACUGGCUCGAACCCACUCCUCAUCCUCACUGCCUGAGUUUGGGUGUGCCAGCCCCAGCCCGGUGAUACCGUCUCCAGACCGCGGUUCCGCGGGCAGCCCGGUGCCAGAGGGGGCCUUCUUCAUCGGUUCAGACGUUACCUCACCUGGACUCCCCCCGCGCUCCCAGUCCUUCCACCAGAACCCAGGGUCCCGUCACGUGUUCCAUCAGACGGCUCUGCCUUACGGCUCGGGAACGGCUCCUCACACAGUGCCUACGACACCAGUGUCCCCCUUCCAGCACUAUCCCUCUCCGCCCUACAUCCCGGGCAGCACCUUCCCUUUCUAUCCCGUAAACCCUGGCUCCCCGAAACACGCGCUGGGGCAUCAGGCCUUAUCCCCGCUGCCCAGCAGCAGCCCCCAGAGUUUUCCGUCUACUCCGGGCUCCCCCAGCCUGCCCCUUCAGGGGGAGCACAUGAGCCCCGCGGGUGACGGGAGCCCCAUGUCUCCCCCGCAGCAGCAGCAGCCUCCCAGCUUGUGGCCCCCCCAGACCCAGUCCCUGCUGUCCCUGGCCAAUGUGCUGUCACUGGCGAUGAGCGUGGCGCACUCCUUCAUGCCCAGCCCCAGCCCCCUGACCCUGGGCGUGCCCUCGCCCAGCACCUAUCAGCACAUGUCCGCGCACAUGGGCCUGCAGCAGGGGUACCACACUCCUUACACGACCCAGCAGCCGGCGCUGGCCGGCGAGCCUGCCUACCACGCUGGCACGCUCACAGGCCAGAGUGUGCAGCCCGACCCCCACUCUCAGAUGCCCCCUCUGCGGCUGGGCCUGUCCGAUGUCCAAGAGGCCGGCUUCGCCCCAGCGCGCACGAGCCACGGUGGUGCUGUCCUGCGGGAUCCGCCCCCCAGCACCCCACAAAGUGCGAUUCAGCCGCCCAUCCAAGGGGUACCCACUGCACCCCAUUCGUUCUCCCCGGCGAGCCCCAGCUCGCUACCCAGCGCCCAGGUCCACGGGGCCCAGGCACUCACACCACCCCUCUCGGAGUGGACGGGGAGCCCUGCACCCCAAGUGCAGCCCCAAGUCCCGGCAUCCCCCAGCACCCCCACACCGGACAGCCUGAGCAACAAUUUGCUGACUUUGAAUCCGAGAGCCUCUCCCAUCAUCGUUUGCGACCCCAGUGCCAGCACCAGCAGGACCCGGUUGUCUCCUGUCUGCGAAGGUAACAGCAGUGUGGUAGCCUGUGUUGGUCAACACGUUCCAGCAUUUCUGUCCCAGAAACAUUUCAUUGCCAUUUAUUAGGAAUAGUUGUGGAAUCCAAAACAUUGCCCUUGUGGGGCGGGAAAAGACGAGUGGCAUUUAAUCACCCUGCAUCUGAAAACAGAAAAUCUGAUUUACCCUUCGCAAUACAAAUGUUCAAAUGUGUUUUAGACUGCGUCACAUCCUGAUAUGUUUAAGUUAAAGUUUGAUUUUAUGUGCCUUGAACUGUAUACUCUCCGUUCUUGGCAUGAAUCCCAUUAUGUCUGAGCCUGUCCCUCCGAAUAAUGAAUGGUUCAAAACCAUGGCAAAGUAGUUUUAAGGAAGUGUUCCACACCCCGGGUAAAAGUGACCCUGGCUGGUUUUGGAGCUAUAAGCAGAGCCACCUGCGUCAGCUGUUAUCAGACAAAUUGUGUAAUGAAGCGUUCCUAUUUAAUGUUCCAUGGAUUGUGCCUUCUGGUGCGAGUCCUCUGUUUGCCCUUAAGCAUGAGUGCUGGAAUGACAGGGUCAGAAGAGUCUGCAAGAAGUGUACCCUCAUGGUUUCCGCCUGCUCGUGUUUAUACACAGCUAAAACCAAGCCUCCCGCUCCCAGCGCUGGCCCUGCUGGCCCUGCUGUUCUUGAUGUUUGCAUGAGACUGCAGGCUUUCUUGGAGCAGGUCUCAAAAAAAGGGGGCUUCUUCUGCCACCUCGUGGCUCUUUCUGAUACUGCUGAAGUCACCGCCGUCUCUGGAAGGUUAAUGAAUAUUACCCCUGAAGUCGCCUCUGUUUUGAUGAGUUGGUUUGAUCAUAUCGCCUGCGUCUGAUGCGUGGACACACAUUUUCAGUUUCUGCAUUUCAUUUCUGCGCUUUUCAUUUUCAUUUCUGUACAGCAAGAACCCACUGUAACCAGUCUGAAGUGUUAUGAGGGUUUCAGAGUAAAAACACCACUGUGCUGAGUCACAAAGCUUUAAACGCUGUCAGUUAAUGAUUAGUUAGAUUUUUUCAGUAGAAGAUUUAUAUUGUGUUUCUCCACAUUAGAUAAGAUCACUUUAUUGGCCAGAUACAAU